AUGAAUGACCUUUUUGCUCAACUCGAUUCAAGAAACCCGACGGUCCAAGCUGGAUCUGCAACAGUAAUAAACGAAAUACAAUGCGAUGCUCAAGUCAACCCGGUGGAAGGAAAUAACAAACAAGACGCCAAGGCUCGGUUCAAGGCUCGGCAGGCGAGGAAGGCAGCUGCACUGGCUCAGGCACAGCCUCCAGAUGACCCCGAACAGCAGGCAAGGAUACUUGAAGAGGCACGAGAUGAAGCAGUAGCGAUUGCUAAAAUUUGUGACGAGUUGAAUCUUCAAAUCUUUGAGAUCGAUCCGGAUGGCCAUUGUCUCUAUUCUGCGGUCGCGGAUCAACUCGUGCUACUCGGCAUGCUUCCCCCCUCGCAUGCUACGUAUUCUACCCUUCGAACUACUGCGGCUGACUUCAUUUACUCUCAUCCCGAUGAUUUUAUCCCCUUCCUUCCAUCUGUGGGGGGAGAGGAUGGUCAGGGUGCGCUGGACAGCGGAUUAAUGACACCGCAGCAAUUGGUGCAAUACUGUACAGCUGUUCGUGACACCGCAGUGUGGGGAGGAGAGCCGGAGGUUCUUGCGUUAAGCAGAGCCUACAAUAUCCCUAUCCAUAUCGUUCAGGCUGGUACCCCUUCAAUUGUUAUGCAUAAUCCGACUGGUGCUGCUACCCAGGGUGUUGCUAGAAUCAGUUAUCAUCGCCGGAUGUAUGGUCUUGGUGAACACUACAAUUCCUUGCGUCCGAGAAGAAUAUCGUAGUGUACCCAUUUUCCAAACAAAACGACAAUCAGAUGUAAUAAAUAUAAAUCGUAGCACGUCUAGAACAAGAGAUCAUCAUCAUUAUGUCUUCC